GGGAGCCACGUCCACGCGAUGCGAAGAGCGAGUGAUCUGCGCCCUAUUUAUCGUCGAACGCAAGACUCCGGAAGCAGACCCGGUUCUUCGGAACGUCGCAGCUCGGAGACCUCGGCGAGACGAACGCGUCUUUGUCUUCCGUUUGGUGUCGGUCGCCGCUGAUACUUGCGCUCGAAUGCGCGGGCGCUGUCGCGCGCGCGCGCGUGAGAAAACAUGGUGGAACUCGUCGCAAUUGUUUAUGAAUACGGCGAGCGGGGGAGGUUGAAAAAGCGGGCCUGUGCAACGCCGUCUUCACGAGCAUGUCCGGGAACACCCGCAGCACGAGUAUUGCUUAAAAUACGGGAGAACGUUUGUGUUGCCGUCGACUUGAUCACGGCAAUUGAUGCGCGCGUGGGGACGAUGAUUCCCGGAAUUCGCCUCGUCGAAUUAUAUACAAUUGCGAUGUUUAUUUACUCCUCGUACUAUGUGCCUUACAAGGAUCCUUCGAAUAUUAUGAGCCGCUCCCGAAAUUCCCUCUCAAUGUUCGCACAGCUUCAGCCGCGAAUGGAUUCGAUCGAGACACCGUGAUCGAGAUUACAGAUACCAUGAAUCUAAUUUUUCUGUUUCUGGCGGGUUGCGCUUUCGCACAAUUGUUCCUCUCGCACGCAGCGGAUCUGGACGCGUACCUGGACGAGAAAUUGCGGCAAUCCAAGAUAGAAUUCAUCAAGAUUCACAUCCAGAAAACAUGUCCAGUGCAGGAAAAGUCGUACAGGGUACACUGGGACAAGUCAUGGCGAGUGCCUUUAACGAGCGAGCAUCAGCCGUUCACGAUAAAUAUAUUCGACAGGAUACUCAUCCUUGACGGUAAUAAAGUGAUAGUACCCCCUGUUAACGAGGCCCCCUCGAACGAGACCUUGGCGCUGCACAAAUUCGGUCUGCUCAAACGCGUCGUGAAAUUCGCCAGGAGCAUCGUGUGGAAAAACACCGCCUACAUGUUGAUGUGCUUUACCCACGAACUUUGUAGUCUUCACACGAUCACGCAGAGUAAUAGACUGCGAUUCCGCCACACGAUCAGGCACCGGGGUACUCCCGUGGACGCGAAAUUCUUCACGCAACGCCGUCGGCUCUACCUGAUCAUCGCGAAUAACGGCAACAAAUCUUCCGUACCAUCCGUGAUCUACCGAUGGAGCGGCACGUAUAUGGACGUUAUCAGCGAGGUAAUGGCGGUCGGCGCGAGAUCAGUCACCGCGUUCGAGCACCGGCAGUCGACGAUCAUCGUGUUCGCUCAGUACGACGCCGAGAACCCACUGCUGGGCUCCGAGGUGUACGAGUUCAGAGGCAAGGACAUCGUGAAGAUACAGCUUUGGUUCACCGCUCAGCCGGUCGCGGUGCAUCACUACGUCCAUGGCGACUUCAACUUCAUCCUCAUGAUAAACGAGCUCGAGCCGAGCAGCUUGCUAUGCUGGGACGGACGAGAACUGCUCGAUUGGCGCAGCCUCCCCGCAAUCGAGCCGCGUAGUCUGAUAAAUAUCUUCCACAUGGACGGCGACACCUUCGUGGUCGUUGCGCACAACAAUACCGUUCAGCUGUAUAAGUUUCACGGUACGUCCGACUUCAAGAGAGAAGACACAAAGAGCUUCAAGAACGGUCAAGAAAUAGUCGACAUGGCGGUGUCGUUGAACGCGUACACGAUGAUUGUGAUGCUGGUAAUUAAAGAGGGAGACGUGUACUGGGUGGAACAAUGGGAGGCUCAAAUAACUUCGGUGCCAAUCGACAGCUCCAUGAUGGACACCGAUUCGAAGAGGGAAUGCUUGUUGGAGCUGAUCGAAGUGCUACAAGCGAGGAUGUCGGUCGUAACGAAGGCCAAGGCUUCUUGGAAACUUCUCUUGCCGUCCGCGGAGAAUUUAACCAUAUCGGAGCCGGUGAGCUUCGAUAAUGUGAUCCUACAGGCUGGCACGGUGGACAGCAUCGAGGUCGCCGCCGAAAAGGAAGAAGACAUCCUGCCACCUCAUCAAAUCGAGCAAGCUCUGAGCGAGCUCGAUCGAAAUGUCGACAACGUCCUGUCGAAGUGGCAGGAAAUGGUGGACGCACACAUGUCUCACGUGCUGGACGGCAGCAUUGUGAUUGAGGAUGCCUUCUUAGAGGAGCUCAAUAUCGACCGGAUGGACGUGGAUUUCGUGAACGACGUGAAACAGAAGGAGGCGAUCCUGCCGCAGGGCGAACAGGAAUUCGUGAGUCCGCUGCGGGCGGAAAGCAUUUUCGUUCAAACCCUUGAAGCCGAUUCCCUCUGCGGAAUACCAUCCCGAUAUUGGACGUUGCGAAAUGACACGACGAAUACGUUGACCACCGCGAAUGGUCAAGUCAAGUACUCGAACGAUACCGUUACUGUGCAUUCCGAUUUGACGGUAGAAAAACUAAGAGCCAACAGCUUGAACGGAACAGUCAUUGGUCAGCUGAUCGACGACCUGUUCGUUAUAAACGACCGUCAGGAAAUUCAAGGUCAAAUCACGUAUAGCAAUCUGCUAAUUGGAAAUCUUACGACGCCGAUGUUGAACGGCGUUCCAGCUGAUAAACUCAUGACGACCACGACGAAUCAAAGCUUCGACAGCUUCUUAGCGAAAUAUUUGGAGAUCGGCAAUCUGCAUGUGGAAACGGUCAACGGAGUGCCUGUCGAGGAAGCCGCGCGUAAAUCCCGUGAAAAUUACAUCAGAGGUAAGGUGAAUAUGGGGCGACUCGUUAUCACGGAGGACUUAACGGUGGAUAUGAACGCGUCUCUGAUAAUAAUACCUAAGGAACCGCCUCUUCAAAUCUACCAGAACGUCACGAUACUGGGCGACCUGAAUGUUCAGAACAUCAAGAUCGGUCCGUCGGCGGAGGUCUUCGUGGCAGACACUCGGAUGAACACGAGCGACAUGUUUACCGGCUUCUGGACGAAAUACAGUAACCAGACGAUCAGUCAACAUGUCAUUUUCGAGGAUGGCGUGUCGAUCGACAACAUCAACACGAAGUAUCUCAACGGUUUCAUGGAGAGCGACUUCCUGUACACGACUGUGGAGGAAAUACCGAACGAGUUCACGAAUCUGCACUUCGAGAACUUUCAUGUGAACAAUUUCCUCCGGGACAGCCAAGACGCCGCUUUCUUCGACGUCAAUUCAGAGAAAUCCUUACAGAUCAACGAGAAAUUGCACCUGCCGAGUCUCCGGACGGAAGACAUCAUCACCCUUGCUUUCAACGGGAUGAACGUGGAUAACAUAAUGAACGGUAGCGUGGCGAACUUCACCGGAACCGAGGAACUUCCCGCUAUACGAGCAAGCCGAGUGUCCGUCGACAACCUCGCUAUUCGUUUUUUCAACGGCCGUAAGGUGCAGUUCGAAGAGGGGCUUCGCGUCGACGACGAUCACCAACUGGCCGUCUUGAAGGUGCCCGAGUUCCACGUACGGAGUUUGGAGGUUGAAAGGCUGAACGGUGCCGAGAUGAGUCUACUGGCACGCUUUAAGAACCUGACGAGCUCUGAUUUGAGCAGAAUCGUGAUCGUAGGCGAUUUGACGGUGAAAGAUCUGACGGUCGACCGAGUAGGCUACCAGUCGACCGACGCUUUCUUGGAGGAACUAACGCAGAAUGAGGUCGUGAUAACUACAGAGAAGAAAAUCGAGAACUUGACUGCUCGAAACGUAACGCUGAGUUCUCUUUAUGGGCGGAACUUCGACGACUUCGCCGACAGUGUCCUCACGAAGUCGACGACCCAAGUGGUGCCAGGAGACUUCUCGGCUCGCAUUGUCAUUUCCAACGUCACGACCAACUUCUUCAACGAACGGAACGUUUCGCAACUGUUGUGGGUGGACGGGCCUCUGACCAUCUCAGGAAACGUGACGUUCACCGACCUGUUCGUUGAUGGCGACGUGAUCACUUCUUCUUUGAAUGGGCAACAAGUGAGCGAGAUGUACGACAUCUGCGCGCGAGACAUCGAUCUGCUGAAGGUGAACGGAAGCGUCUUCUGGGACACAUCGUCGUACAAUUUCACUUCCAUAUCUUACCUACUGGAGAAAGCCGUGACCAAGGAUGAGGACCAGAUCAUCACGGGCGAAGUGAGGUUCGCAAAGAGCGUUAACGCGUGGACAGUCACCGGCCCGUUCCCGGUCACCGAAAAAAUCCGUGAUAUAAUAUCGGACGCCGUGAUCGAUGACGGUAAUGUCGUCGAGAUCAGCGGACGUAAGAUCUUCGAGGAGGAUUUCAUCACGGACAGGCUGACAGUGGACGGUGACCUGGGCGUUCGCAGGAUCAACGACGUGGACAUCAGGCAGUUCAACGACUCGAUCGUCAAGAAGUAUCGCGAGGACAGGAUCACCGGCCCGUUGAUCUUCGGCCGAGACGUCAAGAUCGAAAAGCUGCGCGUGAACAACCCCGAUUUCAACGCGUCGAUCGACGGGGCGGCGCGCACUGUCGACGGUCUGCCGGCCAACGUCUUCUUCGAGAACCUCGUGGUGACGGGUGACGUUUAUCUGAAUACUCUGGACGGCGUGGAAUUCGACAAGUUCGUGAGAAACCGCGUUACGCUCAGCGGGAACCAUAACGUCAAGUGCAGCAUGAGAUUCAACGAGCUGCUUACGGUAACAGGGAAGGCGAGUAUGAAAAAAAUCAAUGGAAUCCUCCCGUCGGAUUUUCUUCUCAAUGAUGUCGACGAGAUGCAGAUCAUAUCCGGCGUGAAAAUCUUCCAGCAGGAUCUAACAGUUCAAGGAAACGUUAGCGCGAAACGAGUCAACGAUAUGGACAUAACGACGGAAUAUGAACGGGGUGUGCUGACCGACGAAGACGUCGACGUCUAUGGAAAUCUCGUCUUCAAGGCAGACGUUCGGAUUCGCGAAAUGAACACUUCCGGACUGGUGAACGGUGCGGACGUACGCUCUAUCAUCGGCGAUCUUAAAGAGAAGAUUGAUAAGACCCUCCAGAGUCUGAACGAAAGCAAGAGAGACAUCCUACAGGACAUCGCCUACUGUUCCCAAGUGCUCCAGACUUCGCGUAACGUUUUCUUCUACCUGGAGCUGGAGGAGAAUCCGAUGGUGUCCGUAGUCAACGUAAGCAACGUCGACGUGCUGUAUUUCCAGCAGACGACUAAGCUGAGCGUGAACGUCGAGCAGCCCGGGAGCCACUGUGGAUUACCUGACGAUUGCCCGUGCGUUAGUCAGUUGGUGUUCGAGCUCGCGGACGAGAUUAAGUUAAUACAGCGAAGAAAAUCCGGCGAGAUCGUGAAGCAAUUUUAUGAUCCGGACGGUACCGUCGUCAACGUGAUGUCGGGUGUCGUCUCGAGCAGCAAACAAUGCACCUCGACGACAGCCAAAGAGAAGUUCGUUACGAUUUCCCUGAAUAAGUUUAAAAACGGUGAAUUAACGGUACCGUUUUUAGUUGAGUUUGAUAACUCAACGCGGAUCGUGUCCUCCAUCGAUACGUCAGACGAAGUCGGAGGGUACUGGAGGGACGCCAAGAUUUUUAAGCACGAUGGCGAUGUAUAUGUAAUCGUGGCGGUGUAUUAUAACAAAGUACGAGAAACGCACCGCACGAACUCCCUGCUUUUCAAAGUAGACGUGGCGGGAGAAAAAGUAUCGAUUCACAGGUUUCCCACGAACAGCGCUUGGUCCGUCGAGGUCCUCAAGAUCGAUCAGGACCAAGUGUUUUUUCUCAUCGGUUGCUUCGGCGAAUCCCCCGAGUCCCUGUUAUACAGAUUCAACUCGAUUAAGCAACAGCUCGUGCAGAUUAGGAGGUUUGCGAGCAGAAGUCGUUACGUGAAGAGCCUGUCGCAGGGAAAGGAUCAUUUUAUCCUGCUGGACAAUCCCGAUACGAACGCUGUGGAUAUAUACAAAUACGACUCGGUGUUCCGCAAUUUUUACAGCUACCAGAGCAUAUUUCACGAUCGUCCAGUUAACGGGAUCGAGUUAUUUUACAUCGACGAUUUGGACAAUAGCGACGUAUUUGUGAUCGUCACAACGAAUAGUGGACGGUUCUACGUCUACGAAUACAUGUUUGCCGGGAAAUUCCAAAUGAGGCUACAACACGCCGUGAACGGUUUACGAACGAUAGUGCCAUUCUACCACAUGAAUCGUCAGUAUAUCUUUGCCGGCACACACGGUGACAGCAUGAUUUUCCGAAUUGUGCAACAGGGCCCGCGUUAUCGAUAGAGAUCGAUAGAGAAUCGUGAAUAUUUCUAUCUGUCGAGGAUUAACGAAAAUAUUAUCGCAUCGUUCAAUCAUUUGCUGGUCAUUUGAUUGUAAACUAUGGCGGUUUAUCGACCGCUACGAUUGUUUUCUGUUUAUUUUCUGUACUUUACAUUCUUUGUUUAUUUCUCUCAUUGUGUAUAAUUAUUUGCUCAUUAAUACAAGCGUUGUAGUAUA